CAUCGGAGGACAGAAAUCACGGAAGAAAUAAAAUCGAAGCAAAUCUCGAAAGGAUAUAUUUUACCUGGCGAGCGAGCGAGCGAGCGCGGCAGGUUGCGGCGGCGGCGGCAGGGCACGUGCUGUGGGGGCUUAGGUCGGGGCGGAGCGUCCCCACUCUGGGAGGCCCCGCCUCCCGCCGCCGCCGCCGGAGGCCACUCAGGGCGGCCAAGUGGUCAGUGAUGGAAUGAGUGUCUGUGUUGGCCUGAGCGUGCUGCUGCUGCUGCUGGGCCCGGGCCCCCUUUGGGCCUGCGGGCCCGGCAGGGGCGGCCACCGCGUCAAGACGCCCCGAAAACUCACCCCGCUCGUCUUCAUGCAGCACAUUCCCAACAUGUCCGAGAACACCCUUGGUGCCAGUGGGCUCGCGGAGGGCAAGAUUACCCGCCAGGACCCCCGCUUCGCCGAGCUCGAGCCCAAUUACAACUCGGAAAUCAUUUACCGGGACGAGGAGGGCACCGGCGCCGAUCGCCUCAUGACAGAGCGCCUGAAGGAGAAGGUGAACACGCUGGCGAUUUCGGUUAUGAACCAGUGGCCUGGCGUCAAGCUGAGGGUGACCGAGGGCUGGCAGGAGGAGGGGAUUCUCCACACCCAGAGGGAAAUUUUGCACUACGAGGGUCGCGCCGUCGACAUCACGACGUCCGACCGGGACCGCUCCAAACUCGGCAUGCUCGCCAGGCUGGCAGUCGAGGCAGGGUUCGACUGGGUACACUACGAGAGCAAGUCACAUAUCCACUGCUCGGUCAAGUCAGAGUCUUCGCAUUCAGCCAAGAGCGGCGGCUGCUUCACUGCCGACACCACGGUGGUGACCUCUGACGGGCACCGAUUGCCGCUGGCCGAGCUGCAGGUGGGACAGCAGGUGCUGACCUUUGACCCGCAGACGGGACGCACCCAGUACUCGGAGGUGCUGCUGUGGCUGGACAGGGACCCUGACGAGGACAGGCUCUUUGUUGAGAUCAGCACUGAGGGGGGCAGGCGGCUGGCCGUCACCCCCAACCACCUCCUCCUCGUCCGCCGCCCCCACGGCCCUCAGGCUGUCUACGCUGGAAACGUUGAAAAGGGCGACGAGUUGCUGGGGCUGGACUCCAGCAGCAUGACGUCCGACGCGGUGGUGUCUGUGCGGGCGGUGCGGCGACGGGGGGUGUUCGCGCCGCUCACCACGGCCGGCACCCUCGUCGUGGACGGGGUGGGCGCAUCUUGCUACGCCGUCGUCGCCAGCCACCCCCUCGCGCACGCCGUCUUCGCGCCCUUCCGCCUCCUCAGCAACGCGCAGCACGCGGCGCGCGCCCUUUGGUCGAGCGCGUUCGGCGGCGCCGCCGUCGACGCCAGGUCGACGCCCCCGCAGCCCGUCGGCGUCCACUGGUACGCGCAAGGCCUCUACUGGGUGGCGCAAAGGGUGCUGCCCCAGGGCAUGCUCUCCUGAAAAUCGAGACUGCUAGUCAGCGGCGGCGCCGCCUCCGACUGUCCCCAGCGGCGCCAACGCACCUCCUCCUCCUCGUCUCUGUACAUACGCCUGCCUAACUUAUGCCUCCUGUACAUACGCCUUAAUUUAUCAAUAAAA